UGUUAACCGGUUGGGAGACGUGGACUUCGCUCCAUCCAAGCAGUGCGGCGGGAAGGAGCCCGGGAACCGAAAGCACAAGCGGUUCGUGCGGUGGCGGCGCGGGAUGGGUGACAGCGACCGCGACUGCCGGAGCUCCGACAGCUCAUCCCUGAGCGCCUUCCCCCCUGCCGCCCGAGCCCGCGGCCCCCCCGCGGUGCUGAGCUCGGCCAUGACGGCGUUGGGCUCCCCGUUCCGGUGAUCAGCUCGUCCAUGGGCUCCCUGUGGCCCCUGCCAUCGCCUACGGCCCUCUCAGCAGCCCCCAGAUCAACUCGACUAUGGGGCUGUUCCCACCCCCUGCCCCUCCGAGCAGCUCCGAGGUCAUGAAGCCCCCUCCAAGGUUGUGGGCAGGGUCAUACCUCCCCGCAACUCCCCCCUCCGGACCCCGCAAGAGGCUCUGCACCAUCUGCAGGGACCGAUCCUCGGGGAAGCACUACGGGGUGUACAGCUGCAAGGGCUGCAAGGGCUUCUUUGAACGCAUCAUCUGCAAGGACGUGAUCUACGCCUGUCGCGACAACCAUGACUGUGUGGUGGACAAACGGCAGUGUAACCGCGGCCAGUACAACCGCUGCCAGUACUGCCACCACCAGUGAAUUUGGUUUUAAUUCCAAAUUAUUUUCAACCUUAUGCUCUUUUGUGUCAAUGGAAUCCAGAAAGCAGAGAUCUUCUUUUGAUCAUAGAAUGGGUCUUUUUGCCUCGUGCUUUUUCAAAAAACAAUCACUUCACGAGUAGAGAUGUACUCUGUGUUGAUCCAGAAAGGA